CUUGAAUCCCAAUCAAACCAGAAGCCAUGCCCAACUGACGACCUACGGUUUGUGAGACCACACCUUCGACGUUGAGGGAUCUCUCCACUUCUAUCUAGUCCGCGACGGCUACGGCAACUGGGACCGCUGGCAAACAUCUUUUUCCACCGCCCCACGAAACCUAAUUUCGGAGAACCCCUCGACUGCGGCGAUCAAUCACUGCACAAUCAAGGAAGGGAAGAAGAGACAGGGACUCCCGGAUUUAUUGCUCACUGUGCCCGCCAAGGAUCGAUAAUUGCCAAUAUCCGAACUUUGUCUCCAAUUUCCAUGAUCUUCUGAAGUCGUCUCCUUACUAGUGGGGGGAAUUUAUCGCUAUCACGUCAACGCCGCCUCAUCGCACAAUAAGUCUCGUUUCGCACAUUGUUAUGACCCUUGGGCCUAUCAGACAGACUCGUUCGCUUGUUUCUUGGCCUCUAAGGGUACUCCAGUCUUGCCUUCAUUGAACAAGGCUCCUAAUCUCCUAGAUCGGGGGAUUCCUGUGCGAAAGCGACUUGGGCCGGGACAUAGUGUCAGCUGGUGCAAGUUGUCAGAGGCCUAUCUCUUUACGAGAUCACCCCAGAACGGUUUUUACCGGUAGCUCGGCAACGUGUCGAGAGAGACAGGUUCGGCGUUGGCCGACGGCCUAGACAGGCUGGAUCUGAGUCAACUGUCAGAAUCAACGCCCUCAUCAUCUGCGUCCGAUUCGUUCGAUAUGUCGUCAUCGGAAGGUGCCCCAGAGUCAUGGAUCUCCUCCUUUUGCUCCCUCAUGGGCCAUGAGUUCUUUGCCGAGGUGUCGGAGGAUUUCAUCGAAGAUGACUUCAAUUUGACGGGACUGCAGUCACAGGUGCCGAUGUACAAGGAGGCAUUGGAGAUGAUUUUAGAUGUAGAACCAGAGGAGGAUGAGGACGAAGAGGAAGAGGAAGAGGAAGAAGAAGACGAGGAUGAAAUAUUAGGUGAUGAGAAGCCCCCCGGGUAUCGGCGAGCGGGUGACCGAAGGCAUACGCGGGUGGCCAGUGAUCUGAGCGUGAUAGAGAGCUCUGCUGAGCUGCUCUACGGUUUAAUUCAUCAGAGAUAUAUCACUUCUCGGCCGGGCAUACAGCAGAUGCUGGAAAAGUACGAGAUGCAGCAUUUUGGCGUCUGCCCCCGCGUCUACUGCAAUGGAUGCAAGGUUCUACCGGUUGGUCGGUCCGAUACUCCAGGCCAAGAGACGGUGAAGCUCUUUUGUCCGAGCUGUCAGGAUCUGUAUACGCCCCCAAACAGUCGAUUCCACUCUGUUGAUGGUGCCUUCUUUGGAACUACUUUUGGAUGCUUAUUUUUCAUGACAUUCCCUGAUUUGGACAUUGGUCCUCGGCUCGAUAGCUCUCUUGUAUCGCCGACACGGUCAUCUUCAGUAAAUAACCAGGUCUCUCCCGACGUUCCCCCUGCUCAUCAGCCGGUGGAGGUCAACGGAGUGCGGACGGCCAAUUUCUGCCCCGGACUUGGACUGGGCAAAAUCUACGAAUCACGGAUUUAUGGAUUCCGGGUUUCGGAGCGGUCCCGGACCGGGCCACGUAUGAAAUGGCUACGGAUGAAGCCCACGGAUGUUGAAGAACUCAAUGAGAUGGCUCGAUAUGAAGCAGCUCGUAGGGAAGCCGACAACGACGGCGAUACAGAAAUGGGCGCCGCUCCUGCAGGAGGAGCGCAGAACUCUGCGAUCGCAAAGAGGAAAAAGGCACCUAUGCGGAGACGGCGGUACAACCCUGAUCAAAUGAGCAUUAACGGCGCCGAGGCGGGAUAAACGAACAAAACAGCUAUCAUUAUUAAAACUCUUUUGGGCGGUGGGAAAGAAAUAUUUAGAAGGAAAUUAGUGUGGAAGUGAUGGAAGCGCGCAUGUUGACUUUUGUGGUUCUUUUCCUUUUUAUCACUACUACCUCGUGGCCCAUGGUCCUCUCAAACAUUAACUGAAGUUUUUUUCCCUUUCUUUUGUGUGUCUUCUUUUCGCCUAUCAUCCCACAACUCCCACCCAUUCCUUCCUUCAUCAACUAUUCAUGUAUGUCUUGUCUAUGUUCACUGAAUCAUGUCUCAUUUCUUUGACUGCAUCAAGGCGUCUUCGGGUCGACUUUUCCGUCUUCCUGGCGUACAGAUUCACGUUCGAGUACAGUACACAGAGCAAUCAUGGAAUUAAAACUUUGAAUGUUGAUGGCCCG